AUGGCGUCUGUUUCUCACUUCGCCCGCUGCUCUAUUCGUCAUUUCUCCGCGCAACGUCCUCGUCCCGACUCUCGAGCUGCCCGCGCAAUCACCAUGGGCUGCAUCGCAUCCGGUGUAGUGCUCCCAUUUGUUCCCCCUGCCCUGGAGAGUUCGCGCCACCGGAGUUCGGGCGUAUCCGCUAGUGCCAAGUGA